CAAUUCCAACAUUCCUUGUUUCACUCGGGGAAUCCUGUGGUGCAGACCUGGGAGCGGAGGAGUAGGCGGGUGUAGCGGAGACGCGAAAACUCCCCGGAGCCGCGGUGGCGGCGCCGGGCGGCCUGGGAAAGUCAUCAGCGCAGCGGCGGGAACCGCAGCCCGGGGCCCUGCAACCUCCCAGGGCAGCGAGUCAUCUAUCUAUUCAUUAUUCCUGAAAGAGAAACUCAAAGAAGAGAAACAAACAAAAUGGCCGAUUCUCCAGUUAAUUUGUCCCAGGAUCCAUUGACAUUCAGGGAUGUGAUUGUGGACUUCUCCCAGGAAGAAUGGGAAUGCCUAGACUCUGCUCAGAGGACUUUGUACAUUGAUGUGAUGUUGGAAAAUUACAGCAGCCUGCUGUUUGUGGAGAGCUAUUGCAUAUGUGAUCCUGUCUGUCAACAUGUAAAGACUGCAAAGGAGUCAUUUCAGUGUAAUGAGCUUGACAACGUGCUUCAUGACCCCUCCACAUGUGCAGUUUAUAGAACAAGUGAAACUACAGAAAACUCUAAUAACUACACAUGCAGUAAUAACAGGGAUGCUUCCAUUGACCCAUCAAACCCAGAUAGACAUGAAAGCAUGCAAACUGGAGAAAAAACUUGCAAUUCUAAAGUCUGUGAGAAAUCAUUAAAUUUGUAUCCCAACAUUACUCAAGAUCAGAGACUCUACACUGCAAGAUCAGAACACAGGCAGGGAGAAUACUAUGACUCUACAUACAGAUUUUUGCAACAAAAAUUCUCCACUGGAGAGACACCACACCAGUGUGGGAAAUGUGGGGAAUACUUCAGUGCUGCUUCAAGCCUCACUGUACAUCAGAGAAUACAUACCGAAGAGAGGCCUUACAGAUGUGAAGAAUGUGACAAAUGUUUUACCCGGCCUUCAACUCUUAGAGCACAUCAGAAAAUUCAUACUGGAGAGAAGCCUUACAGAUGUGAAAAAUGUGACAAAUCCUUUAUCCGGCAGUCAACUCUUAGAACGCAUCAGAGAAUUCAUACAGGAGAGAGGCCUUACAGUUGUAAGGAAUGUGGUAAAUCUUUCACUACAUGCUCGGACCUCAGAACACAUCAGAAAAUUCAUACUGGAGAGAAAAUUCACAAAUGCAAACACUGUGACAUGUCUUUUCUGCGAAUUUCAACUCUUAGAAGACAUCAGAGUGUUCACACUGGAGAGAGACCUCACAAAUGUCAGAAAUGUAACAAAUCCUUUAUUGACAUGUCACAUCUUAGAGCACAUCAGAGAAAUCAUACUGGAGAGAGACCUUACAGUUGUAAGGAGUGUAACAAGUCUUUUAUGAGGUACUCCCACCUCAAAGCCCAUCAGAACAUUCAUACUAGAGAGAAACAACAAAUUGGACUGAGGAGCCAAAGCCGGAAGUGCCUAAUGCUGCUUCCCUGUUGGUGCUCUGAGCCUUGCACUGUGGGAAGCUGCGUGGCCGGAACUGGCCAGUGGUGUGACUGUGAACUUCUCCCAGGAGAAGAGGCAGUGCCUGAACCUGCUCAGGGGACUUUGUGCAGAGACUUGAUGUUGCAGAAUUGUAUCAGUCUGAUUACUGUGGGCCAACAAACCAUCUAUUCAUUGUUCCUGAAAGAAAAAUUCAAAAAAGAGAAGCAAAAAGAAAUGGCUGAUUCUCCAGUAUACAGGCCCCAGGGUCCAUUGACAUUCAGGGAUGUGACUGUGAACUUCUCCCAGGAAGAGUGGGAAUGCCUAGACUCUGCUCAGAGGGCUUUGUACAUUGAUGUGAUGUUGGAGAAUUACAGCAGCCUGCUUUUUGUGGAGAACUGUUGCAUAUGUGAUCCUGUCUAUCAACAAGUGAAGACUGAAAAGGAGUCUUCUCAGUGUAAUGACCUUGACAAACUGCUUCAUGAUCCCUCUACAAGUGCACUUUAUAGAACAAGUGAAACUACAGAAAGCUCUAAUAACUACAGAUGCAGUAAUCACAGGGAUGACUCUAUUGACUCAUCAAACCUAGAUAGACAUGACAGCAUGCACACUGGAGAAGAACCUUGCAAAUCUAAAGUCUGUGAGAAAUCAUUAAAUUUGUAUCCCAACAUUACUCAAGAUCAGAGACUCUACACUGCAAGAUCAGAACACAGGCAAGGAGAAUAUGAUGACUAUUUCACCUCUGCUUACAGUCUCUUGCAACAAAAAUUCUCCACUGGAGAGACACCAUACCAAUCUAGGAAAUGUGUGAAAUAUUUCUGUGCAGCCUCAAGCCUCACUGUACAUCAGAGAAUACAAACUGGAGAGAAGCCUUACAGAUGUGAAGAAUGUGACAAAUGUUUUACCCGACUUUCAACUCUUAGAGCACAUCAGAAAAUUCAUACUGGAGAGAAACUUUACAAAUGUAGGGAAUGUGAGAAAUCCUUUACCCAUAACUCAUAUCUUAGAACGCAUCAGAGAGUCCACACUGGAGAGAGACCUUACAGUUGUAAGGAAUGUGGCAAAUGUUUUACUACAUGCUCGGACCUCAGAAAACAUCAGAAAAUUCAUACAGGAGAGAAAAUUCACAAAUGCAAACACUGUAACAUGUCCUUUCUCCGUAUUUCGACUCUUAGAAGACAUCAGAGUGUUCACACUGGAGAGAGACCUCACAAAUGUCAGGAAUGUAAUAAAUCCUUUAUCGACAUGUCACAUCUUAGAACACAUCAGAGAAUUCAUACUGGAGAGAGACCAUACAGUUGUAAGGAAUGUGACAAAUCUUUUACUAGGUACUCCCACCUCAAAGCCCAUCAGAACAUUCAUACUAGAGAGAAACAACAAAUACAAUGACUAGCAUACCCUAUAUCUGUCUUUCAAAUCUUAAAACACAUCAGAGAGUUGGCACUGGAGAGAAAAAUACCAUUCUCAUAAUGUGUCAUAGCAUUUUUUAGGUGUUCUCUGCCUAUAAAGCCUAACAGCAUAUACAGUAUGCUACGGGAUAAUUUUUUGUAUACUGUCAAGAUGUGUCUUUGCCAAAGUUCCUUCUGAUUAGUUUGAUAAAGAGCUGAAUGUCCAGUAGCUAGGUGGGAGAAAAUGGGCAGAACUUCUCAGCAGAGAAAGGAACUUGGGAUGAAUCUGGUGUGGCAGCAGAUGCCAAAAAGACAUGGGAGACAUCUGAUGUACAAAAUGGAAGAGAGGUAAAGAGCCAGUUGACAAAAUGUAGGUUAAUAGAAACGGUUACUUAGGUUAUAAGAGCUAGUUGGGAACAAACGUAAAGGUCAAGGUUUCAUAAUUUAUAAUACGUCAUUGUGUCAUUGUUUGGGUGCUGUGGGUCCAAAGAAAGUCCAACCAAAAAGACAAACUACAAUAAAUAGAAACAUAGAGAUAAGAAACUUGUGAAAACCUGUUAUGAUGUUUUAAAUCUUAGAAGAUAUCAACGAGUUUAUAUUUUAAAAAAUUUUGCCAUAAUAACAGUGUGAAUUUUUUUUCACAUGUAUGGGUGCUUUGCCCAAUGUGUAAAGAGUUGCUUUGCUAAUCUUUCUCUGCACUCCAUGCUUGCCAGGUUCCUGGGAAUGCAGCAGAGGACAUAAGAUUCCACGAGGCUGGAUUUUCAGAUAGUUGUGAUCUCUUCAAUGUGUGUUAGGAAUCGAACUCCAGUCCUCUGGAAGGGCACCAGGGCUCUUUAAGAACUACCUUGACUCCAGCUCCUGGGAAAUGCAAUAAUAAAGUCAUUUUUACGUGUUGUGGUACCACAUGUCUUUAAUCCUGGCAUUCAGGGGACAGGCAGGUGGAUACCUGUGAGUUCAAGGCCAGCCUAGUGUACCCAGCUAGUUCCACAACAGCUAAGGCUGUUUUUCAAAGAACAAAACAAAGCAAAAUGUUCUGCAUUUAAGAAUUCAUAAUAAAGACGGACUAUGUAGUGCAUACCUUUUGCCCCAGCACUCAGGAGGCAGACGCUAGAAGAUUUCUAAGAGUCUGAGGCGAUCCUGGUCUACAUAGUGAGAUCCAGGACUGCCAGGUAUACAUAAACCCUGUCUUGAAGAAAGUAAAAUAAAUUAUAAUAAGGACAAAAUCUAGUAACUUUAAAAAAAUACAAAUGGAAGAUGAACACGUCAUUAGAAAAAGAUAAAUAAAAAUGGCAAUGGGAUAUCACUUGCUACUCAAUAGAAGGGAAAUCAUAUUAGUAAACAUAAAAUAGCAAAUAUUGGUGAUAAUGCCAAGAAACUAGAAUCCUUAAACCUGCAAAAUAAAAGUGUUAUGAUAAAAAAGAUUGAAAAUCUCUUAAAAAGUAAAAUUUCAAAUUGCCACAUGACCUAGCAUUCUACUAGUACUGAGAAUGCUUCCAAGUAUUCAAAAAACAAAGGUUGUGUUAAUAUGAGUAGCAGAAUUAUAACUAUCCAAAGAUGAAAAAGAAAUGGAAUAUUAAUGUAUGUAAUAAAAUGGAUAAAACUUGAAGAUAUGAUGAAUGAAAUUUCAGAAACAAUACAUCAUGUAUUCUAUUUAAAUAAAAUAUAAUAAGUGGGGUUGGAAAAUAAGUUAGUACUUGACAGAGCCUGGGAACAGAGACAAAGGAAAAUAACUGCUAGUUGGGUGUAGGGUUUUCACUGCAGGGAUGAAUGCAAUGAAAUGAGGUAGUAAUGCAUGACAAUAAUGGAAUAAAUGCUGCUGAUUAUUUUUUUCAAAAAAUGUGACAAAAACCUAAUUGUUCAGUAUACCACAAAUUUCAUAAUUCUGAGAAAACAUGUAAAAGAAUACCAUAUAUAAUCCCCAUACCUUCUGUUCAUUGGAAAUUUCGCCCACCAAAUAAAUUGAAUUUGAUAAAUCCUUUACCUAGUGCUGAAAUUGCCAACAUCAAUGCAACUUCAGCUUGAAAGACAAUGUUCUAAUUCAGUCUCAUCUUUUGUUCGCUUUCAAUAAUCUUUACACUAAGACUGAAACCUUACAAAUAGCAAGAAAGUGAGCAACUGUAAAGAGAUAGGCUCUGACUGUGACAUCACAGGCUGAUCAAAAACAGCUUAGAAAUCUCUAAGACUCUG